GGCCAAUAUGCAGCGUAAAAGACGCGUUAAUUUAAUAUUGCGCAUGCGUCUGCUAUUUUGCUGUAGGUUAGAGCUUGGUCGAAGGUCUGGUUCAUGAUUGGAAUCGGCGUUUUUCUUUGCAAUGGCUUCCACUGAUGGGACCCUACCAGCAACAGUUCCUGGGUUUCCUCCUGCCCCACCUGCUUUUGUACCACCAAUGAUACCUGCAACUCCUUUUAUACCACCUCCAAGUAUGCCUCCACCUCCUGGAAUGAUGCCACCACAGUUUUCUAUUCCACCACCUGGAUUUGGUUUUCCAAUUGCUGGUCCUGCAGAUGCUAGUGUUAUUGCUACUGGCAUGCCACCCCCAGCACCUGCUGCUGCUGAUAUAAAUUUAUUAGCAGAAAAGAAGUCUGAUUGGUCUGAGCACAAAGCUCCUGAUGGUAGAACAUAUUAUUAUAAUAGUGUGACUAAACAGUCACUUUGGGAAAAACCAGAUGAAUUGAAAACUCCAAGUGAAUUGCUCUUAUCUCAGUGUCCAUGGAAAGAGUACAAAUCUGAAAAUGGUAAAGUGUACUACCAUAAUGUGAAUACAAAAGAGUCAAGGUGGGUUAUUCCACCUGAAUUGGAGGAGUUAAAGACUAAAAUAGCUGCUGAGGAGGCUGCUGCGGCUGCUGCAGCUGCCGUUGCAAGUGCUACAAAUACAGGUGGUGUUCCAUUGCAUCAUUUAUCACCAAGUUUGACUGCUUUAUCACAAACAAGCACUCCAGAACCUGGGGGUAAAUCUGCUAUAGAACAAGCUAUGGCAGCAACUUUAGCAGCUAUAAAUUUACCUACUCCACCUGCUAAACCUGAUGAAGACAAUAAUUCUACUAAGGGUUCAGCUAGUGGUAGUAGGAAUAGCACUCCUGAGCCUAAAAUGCAAUUUAAAGAUAAAAAAGAAGCAAUAGAGGCUUUCAAAGAGUUACUAAGGGAAAGAGAUGUUCCUUCAAAUGCAACAUGGGAGCAAGCAGUAAAAAUGAUUCAAAAUGAUCCUCGAUAUCCUCAAAUGAAAAAAUUGAAUGAGAGAAAGCAAGCUUUCAAUGCAUAUAAAACGCAAAAAUUAAAAGAGGAAAGAGAACAAGAGAGAUUACGUUUAAAGAAAGCAAAAGAGGAUUUGGAACAAUUUUUAUUGGAAAAUGAGAGGAUGACAAGUACAACGAAAUACUACAAAUGUGAAGAAAUAUAUGGGAACUUAGAAAUUUGGCGAGCAGUUGGAGACACCGAUCGUCGUGAUAUAUAUGAAGACGUAAUUUUCAAUUUAGCUAAACGGGAGAAAGAAGAAGCUAAACAAUUGAAAAAGAGAAAUAUGAAACGAUUAGCUCAAGUUUUAGAUAUGAUGGCGGAAGUUACCUACAAAACUACGUGGCAAGAAGCUCAAGCUUUGCUUUUGCAGCAGUCAGAUUUUGCAGAAGAUGCUGAUCUACUUCAAAUGGACAAGGAAGAUGCUUUAUUAGUUUUUGAAAAUCACAUUCGUCAAUUAGAAAAGGAUGAGGAAGAAGAAAAAGAGCGAGAAAAGAAACGUAGGAAACGACAAGAAAGAAAAAAUAGAGACGGAUUCAUUAGUUUACUUGAUGAACUCCAUGAACAAGGAAAAUUAACAUCGAUGUCCUUGUGGGUAGAAUUAUAUCCAAUGUUAUCAGCAGAUCUUAGGUUUUCAGCGAUGCUUGGUCAGCCAGGUUCAACGCCUCUAGAUCUUUUCAAAUUUUACGUUGAAGAUUUGAAAUCGAGAUUCCACGAUGAAAAGAAAAUCAUACGUGAAAUUUUAAAAGAGAAAAACUUUGAAGUUCAGAUUGACACUACCUUCGAAGAGUUUGCUACUGUUGUUUGCGAAGAUAGAAAGUCUGCUACUUUGGACGCGGGUAACGUCAAGUUGACUUAUAAUUUAUUACUAGAAAAAGCGGAAGCCCGAGAAAAAGAGCGUGUGAAAGAGGAAACACGCAAGUUCAAGAAAUUAGAGACUGCUUUUAAAAAUUUACUAAAAACUAUUGAGGUUAAUCAUCAAAUGACAUGGGAAGAAAUUAGAACUAAAAUCGAAGAAGAGCCUGAUUUUAAAGCUGUGCCUUUAGAGAGUGAAAGACUUAGAAUCUUCAAAGAGUAUCAACAUGAACUCGAAGAAAGUUGUAGCCAUCAUCAUAUUAGAAGUAAGAAGAAGAAAAAUAAAAAACCAAAACGACGAUCACGAUCGCGAUCCCACAGCGAAUCUGAAGGAAGUGAAAAGGGUUUGAAAAAGAAAAAACAUAGAUCUAGAUCUGCUAGUGGUGGUAGUAAAUCAGACAGUUCAGAGUCGGACGUGAGAAAGAUUAAAAAGAAGAAAAACAAGAAAAAGAGAGGCAGAAGUCGUUCCAGAUCUCCCUCCAAUAUCCCAUCUUCUGAAGAUUCCCCCGAAAGAAGGAGAAAAGAAGAAAAAUUACGGCGACUGUCUGUUCAAAGUGAAGGUUCUGAAAAUGUUCAUCAAGAAUUGUCUGAAGACGAGCUAGAAAAACAAAGAGCACAAUUACUCCGAGAGCUUCAAAUGCAGCAAGAAGAAAACUAAUAUUAUCACUUUAAUGCUGUCUUUUGACAAACUAGAGUACCUAUUUUAUGGAAACGCGACAAACUAUAUUUUUCAUAAUGAUCGUUUAAAGAACAACAGUUUGGGCUUGUAAGAAAUUAAAAAUAUACAGCAUUUUGUUGAGCAAUGUUAUUUUAUUCAACAUUCUUAAAAAAAUUAUUUAGUUUAAUUAUUUGUUAUGACCUAGUAUCUGAAAAAUCAUUACAAUUUCAAUUAUAAUUCCCAUUUUCGUAAAUAACAAUGUCUAUUUUUCUGAUAAAUAUCAAAAACGUAAAAUAGAUUUGUUCCUGUACAUUUUAUUAUUGUAUUUAUUUACAGCAAAUACCUGUUUAAGUAAAUAUUGCGUAUUAUAUUCAUGAUACUGAAAGAAUGAUGUACAAUAUACAAAUGCAAGUGUG